GCCGCGCGUGAGCACGUGCGCGCCCGCCUGCGUCAGCGCGGGGCCAACAGGGGCCGGCGGGGCGCGCCGGGCGGGGCUAUUUAAGAGGCAGCCGCGCUCCCGCCUGGAACUCGACUCAGCCGAGAGCUUGAGCCAGCCGCGGUCCGCUCCCCAGUCAUGAACAGCUGCGUGUGCCUGUGCGUGCUGAUGGCCAUCCUGGCGGCGGGGGUCCUGGCGCAGCCGGUGCCCGCGGAGGACCCGAUGGAUCUCGGAGCGCUGCAGCCCGAGGAGACGGCGCCCCGCAGGGAGCAGAGAGCGGUACAGAGGGUGGAUGGCGAUCCCCGGGCGCACCUGGGCGCUCUGCUGGCCAGAUACGUGCAGCAUGUCCGGAAAGCACCUUCUGGCCGAAUGCCCCCCGCCAUUAAGAACCUGCAGAACCUGCACCCCAGCCACAGGAUAAGCGACCGGGACUACAUGGGCUGGAUGGACUUUGGCCGCCGCAGCGCCGAGGAGUAUGAAUAACCCUCUU